CAAGCCAAAGCCUCCGGACGCCGGUUGCGCCGGGACUCGCCUCGCCACGCCGGAGCACACCGGACUCGCCACGCCAUGGCGGGGCUGGGCAUUCCGGUGAAGCUGCUUCAUGAGGGCAUCGGCCACACGGUGACGUGUGAGCUGAAGACGGGGGAGAUGUACCGAGGCCACUUGAUGAACUGCGAGGACAACAUGAACGCGAUGCUGGAAGGUGUCACUGUCACCGGGAGAGAUGGCAAGGUGACAAAUCUGGAGCAAGUCUACCUCCGCGGGUCUCAGAUCCGCUACUUCAUCCUCCCCGACAUGCUCCGGCACGCUCCAAUGUUCAAGAAGAAGGGCCGUGGCGCGGGGCGUGGUGUCUACGGCCCCGGCGGGAAGGGCCGUGGCAAAGGCCUGGCGCAACGUGCGCGCACUGCAGCCGCAGCCACACGAAAGUGAUGACCGCUAUGGGGGACAGGAGGCGCCGUGGGCACGCAGCGAGCGUGGCCAGUCCAAAAUGUCAGCAGUUUUGGUGUCAGGUCACAUGAGCAGAGGCAUGGAUGCCAGUGACAUCAUGCGGCAACGUGGGUCAAAUCACCGAAGGACAUUAAGCGCCAAGUGAGGACUAGUGACUAGUGACUAGUCGAUUUUUAUUCCAGUUCUGAC